AUGCUGCGUUUACUUCGGCAUACCGCUGCGCUUCUCUCCGCGCUCUCCGUGACCUUCGCACAGACUUCCACUGACUGCAACCCUCUAAACAAAACCUGUCCGUCCGACACGGGCUCAACCGACAGCAGCCUCCAUUAUGACUUCGUGCAGAGCUCAGAGACUCUUGCACAGUGGUCGACGCUGUCGGGCAGCCCAACGGUAGGCGCCGAGGGCGUCGAGCUUACGAUCAACGAGGAGGGCCAAGCCCCCACGAUCGCCACGCCGUUCUACAUCUUCUUCGGCGAGAUCAGUGUCGUCAUGAAAGCCUCCGCUGGCACGGGGAUCAUCAGCAGUAUAGUGUUGGAGUCGGAUGAUCUCGAUGAGGUGGACUGGGAAAUCCUGGGGUCCUACACCACGGAGCUACAAACCGACUACUUCGGGAAGGGCGACUCCUCCACCUCGGACCGCUGGACCUGGGAGCCCGUCGACGACCCGCAAUCCACUUUCCACAACUACACCCUCACCUGGACGCCCGCGGCUCUCACCUGGAGCAUCGACGGCACCGUCCAGCGCACCCUGACGUACAGCGACGCCGCGGACGGCACCCGCUACCCGCAGACCCCCUCGCGGAUCAAGGUCGGGAUCUGGGCGGGCGGGGACCCGAACAACAGCGCGGGGACGAUUUCCUGGGCCGGUGGGGAGACGAAUUACUCCCAGGCCCCGUUUACGAUGGUCGUGCAGACGGUGGAUAUCGUGAACUAUUAUCCGGCGGAAUCGUAUACGUACAGCGAUGAGAGUGGGGACUUUGAGAGUAUUGUGAUAGAGGGGGGUAGUGUGACGAGUUUGUCGGCUUCGGCGGCGGAUUCCGGGUCCGGGUCAACUGCAACGGCCGGGGGCGGCGCAGGAGGUGUCGAAUUGUAG